CUUUUGCUUUUCCUUUCUACCUUCUUCUCCAAGUCACCUUUCUUUUUCUUUGGUGGGUUGGUCUGCCCCUUGUGAUUGUUGUUGGCUGAGACGUUACUUUCCGGCUUAUAUGACAUUGGCCUGAUUCACUUGGUUUAGCUUGAAGGAAAAAAAAAAUCAUAUUUCUUGCGGAAGGGGGCUGACCUAGACCUUUCUCUGUUGGGGCAGUAAAACAACAGUAUAAAAAUCACUGUGUUUUCUUUUGACCAGCACGAGUUGAUCCCACCAUAGAAAAAAGCACUAUCUUGGAAAUAUCUGCAGUCAGGUCACGAAGAUGGCGGCUUCUGCAAUUUUGAAAAGCCGUAUCAGGCGGCCGUCGAUGCUCUCGAAGCUAGCGAAAGCUGAGGAUCUGAUCGAUCUAUUCCCCAAUGGCUCUUAUAUCGGUUGGUCUGGGUUCACGGGUGUCGGCUACCCAAAGAUGGUCCCAACUGCAUUGGCUGACCAUGUCGAGAAGAACAAUUUGCAAGGAAAGCUGAAAUAUACCCUUUUUGUUGGCGCCUCGUCGGGCGCGGAGACAGAGAACAGAUGGGCGCGGCUCAACAUGAUUGAUAGACGAUCACCUCAUCAGGUUGGAAAGGACAUCGCAAAGGGAAUCAACAAUGGAAAUAUCAAUUUCUUCGACAAGCAUCUCAGCAUGUUCCCUGCAGACUUGGUAUAUGGCUGGUAUACACGGAACAGACCAAAGAACAGACUCGAUGUUGCGGUCAUCGAAGCGUCUGCCAUCACCGAAGAGGGUGGAAUUAUUCCUGGAGCUUCAGUCGGCGCAUCUCCAGAGAUAGUUCAAAUGGCAGACAAAAUCAUCAUCGAAGUCAACACAGCCGCUCCCUCAUUUGAAGGAUUGCACGACAUCACAAUGUGCGAUAUCCCCCCUCGACGGAAACCGUACCUCAUCAUGGCUCCAGAAGAUCGUAUUGGAACCCACCACAUUCCAAUCGACCCGGAGAGAGUCGUCGCCGUUGUCGAAUCCACCUAUCCCGAUCAGACCCAACCCAACGCACCCGCAGACGAGGCGUCGCGCGCUAUUGCUAGCAAUCUGAUCGAGUUCCUCCAGCAUGAGGUCAAGAUGGGCCGCUUGCCAAAGAGCCUUCUCCCAAUCCAGUCCGGCAUUGGCAACAUCGCCAACGCGGUCAUCGGUGGGCUCGCGGAGGGCGGCGCCAACUUCCACAACCUCAAGGUCUGGACUGAGGUUUUGCAAGACUCUUUCCUCGAUCUCUUCGACAGCGGCAAUCUCGAUUUCGCUACGGCCACCUCCAUCCGUUUCUCUCCGGAGGGAUUCAAGCGAUUCUAUGACGGAUGGGAGAACUACUACGACAAGCUCCUCCUCCGUUCGCAGCAGGUCUCGAACUCCCCCGAGAUCAUUCGCCGCCUCGGUGUCAUCGGCAUGAACACACCCGUCGAAGUCGACAUUUACGCCCAUGCCAACAGUACCUGUGUGAUGGGCUCCCGCAUGCUGAACGGCCUGGGCGGUUCUGCCGACUUCUUGCGCAGCGCCAAAUACAGCAUCAUGCACACACCCAGCACACGUCCCAGCAAGACCGAUCCCACAGGUAUCACCUGCAUUGUCCCAUUCUGCACACAUAUCGAUCAGACCGAGCACGACCUGGACGUCGUCGUCACCGAACAGGGUCUUGCCGACGUCCGAGGCCUUGCGCCACGUGAACGUGCCCGCGUUAUCAUCGACAAAUGCGCGCAUCCCGACUACAAGCCCAUCCUGCAGGAUUACUUCGACCGGGCCGAGUCAUACUGUCUCCGCAAGGGCAUGGGCCACGAGCCGCACCUGUUGUUCCAGGCGUUCAAGAUGCACCAGAACCUCCAGGAGAAGGGGACCAUGAAGAUCGAUGGAUGGGAGUAGAUGGAUGAUAGACCUUUGUUUGGUGUUUUCUUCGGGAAACACUUUUGACGGUAGUUGGCUGGAAUGGGCUUGAGCGAGAUUUUUCUUUUCUUUUCUUUUCUUGCUUUUUCGAUCUUACUUUGUUUCAUGUGCAAUCCAUGGUCCCAACAUCAUCUCUUUUUCUUUGGAGUCAAGGUAGCUUUUUACAGAUAAGACUGUUUUUUUUUUGACAAUAAACUCCGGCAUUGGAUGUAUUUACUUUUGAUGAACUGGGCUGCUUUCAACC